AUGACAAUGAAUGCUCGACAUGGAUGUGAUUCGGAUGAAGAUGAAGUGGAGGCCCUUGCAAGGAAUUUGGAACAAGCUUGUUGUGAUCCUAUUGGCAGAGAACAUGAUGAAGUUCAUGAAGUAAGUGAUGAUGAUGCUAUGGAUCAAAACAUGGAUGCUCGAAGGGAUUUUGAUCAUGACUUUGAAGAUGCUACUAUUGGUGAAGGCAUUGAUGACUUGGACAACAUCGUGUGUGGUGAUGAUGAUGAUGAUGAUGAUGAUGUGGCAAUGAUUAAUGUUGAUUGUGGCAAUGAUGAUGAUAAUUUCGGCGACAAUGAUGACUUAUUUUAG